ACGUAAAAAAAAACUCGGAUUCCACACCGUGUGAGAAAAAGAGAGGGGGAAGGAAAAAGGGCGGCAGGCGAAAUGCGCAACGGGACGGUGUGAAAAGAGCGGUUGCUGGCAACCCAAAUGGUGGGACUUGGAGAGAGAAACCGCAGCAGCACAACUGCCACAAGCAAAGCAAGCCAGCCUGCGCUGCGAGAGGGAGGACCGAGGAGGGAGAGGGAGAGAGAGAGACCGGACAGGCGGGCAGCAAGCAACGGGCACGAACCGCCGCCGACCUCUCACAGGCGGAGGAGGGAGGGACCGAGGGAGAGACGCUCUCCUCUCUCUCUCUCUCACACACACACGCACAGUCCCAUGGUCGCGCACGCCGCAGCAUCCGCAUCCGCAUCCGCCUCCUCCCUGUGAGUCGCCGAGCGACGCCGCGCAGAUGAAGGUGUCGUCCAGGAAGAAACCGCCGCCGCAGCAACAGCGGGAGGAGACGGAGGAGCAAGGGUCGUCGGGGGCGGCCGAGGCCAUGGACGCCGCCGCAGCCGCGGCCGUUCAGGAGGAGGCGGAGGCGGAGGCGGAGGCGGAGGCGGAGGGGAGGACAGUGCUGGUAGGCGUGCGCGCGGACGCCGAGAGCCGGGCGCUGCUCACCUGGGUGCUCGUCAAUGUGGCCGCGCCCCUGGACCGCGUCGUCGCCGUCCACGUCGCGCCGCCGUCCGCCGCCGAGGCGGUCGACUUCGACGCCAUGCUCGCCGUCUACGAGGGCUUCUGCAACCUCAAGCAGAUCAAUCUAAACCUGAAGAUUUGCAAGGACUCGUCGGUGCGCAAGGCGCUAGUUCGUGAGGCCAGCCUGUUCGGGGCCGCAAAGGUUGUCCUCGGCGUCGCCAAGAAGAGGCGUGCGAUUUCGUCGUCGCACUCAGUUGCAAAGUACUGCGCAAAGAAGCUGCCCGCGAAGUGUGCGGUCCUCGCCGUGAGCAAUGGCAAGAUUGAGUUCCGGAGAGAGUCGAGCGUCCAUCCAGGUAAGGUCUCGGCAGAAGUUCUCCCGUGUGGUGAUGAUGAGAUGUAUUGCGUAGUGCCGUUCCGAGCUCGUCAGGCUAAAGGGGGCGCACUUUCUUUACAAGAAAAUAAAGAUGACGGUGAGGGUGACGCCACGCGUGACUUUGGCACCAAGGGAAGUGAAUUGGAGAAUUUGUCAACGGAUCAGGUCGAGAUCGACGCAGAUCCUUCUAGUACAAAUGCUGAAGAGUCAACUGUCAAACAGGGAGACGAGAUUUCCGAGCUUCCAGGUAAGGGUGCCAGUGUGCUCUACUGUGUUCUUCCUGAGAGAAGCAGCGGUUCUGUUGCAAGUACAUCUAGUAGGCAAGACCAAGAUUCAGUGGAUCUGCCAUCUGAAGGGGCUGGGGAGCUAUAUUGCUUAUUGCCACCCAGGAAUGGCCAUUCAGUCAGGAGCAUUGGUGAUUCUAAGCGUUCAAAUGCGAGCCAAAAGGAUGAUAAACCAGCCAAUCCAUCACUGGAAGGAGAUGGCGAUCUGUACUGCCGGCUGCCGAGGACUGGACGACCGGGUAGGAAUUCUGGGGGAUCCAAUCGUUCUGCCGGUAUAAGAGGUGCAGUUAGGCGUAGCAGUAGUUUCUCCAGCGAUAUCCAUCUGAGCUCAGAGACAUCACCUAUUAAGAAGGAUGGCUCGGUUAGCAUGACUGCCACCGAAAGGAGUUCUUCUGCUGUAUCCACAGAAGCUGAGGACUCACCGAAAUACACCGCACGAACUGCUGAAACACCCUCGAGCUCCCCAAUGUCGCUGAGACGGAUGGUAGAGGGGAGAUCUGACCGCUGUCACCUCCAUAGAAGAAUCUUUAGACAUCAAAGAAGUUCAUCUUUUGAAUGGGCAAAGAUCUCAAUGGUUCAAUGGGCGAUGAGACUUCCGAGCCGAUACACUUCGGUCCACCCAGAUGGCAAACCACUGAAACCGGGUGCAAGUCCAAGGCUGAACUGUGAUUCUGAAACUGAGUCCACUGCAGCUGUUGAGCCAGAAUCAAUGUUUUCUUUCGCUUUCUAUGAUGUAGCAUGGCCUCCAAGUGAACUGGAAUCACUGCGAGAGAAGUAUUCUUCAGUUUGUAGGAUGUUUUCUUAUGAAGAACUGAAGCUUGCGACGUCCAACUACUCACCUGAUAUGUUAAUUGGGAAGGGUGGAACCAGCCAGGUUUUCAAGGCACAACUUGAUGGCGGAACAUUUGCUGCCAUAAAGAUUCUGAAACCCUCGGUUGAUGCAAUACACGAGUUUGUUACGGAGGUUGAGACCGUAACCAGCUUGCAGCAUGAGAACAUUGUAGCACUAAGGGGAUUCAGCUUCGAGAACUACAACCUUGUGUUGGCAUAUGAUUACAUGCCCCGAGGGAGCUUGGACAAAGCUCUUCAUGGGAAGAAUGAUGGCACAGAGUUUCUUGUCUGGGAGAGGAGAAUUAAGAUAGCAAUUGACAUCGCAAGAGCACUCGAAUUUCUCCAUCUCGGCGGUGUGACCCAGUCUGUGAUCCAUGGAGAUGUUAAGUCUUCAAAUAUCCUCCUUUCAGAGGAUUUUGGGGCACGGCUCUGCGAUUUCGGGUUAGCAAAGCGAGUGUCGGCUUCGACUCCCCACCUAACAUGUACUGACAUCACCGGGACUUUUGGGUACAUGGCGCCGGAGUAUUUUUCACACGGGGAGGUCAACGAGAAGAUUGACGUCUACGCAUUCGGAGUUGUUCUGCUGGAGAUUGUUUCGGGAAGGAGGCCCAUCACACCAGGGAGCGCGAAGGGUCAAGAAAGCCUGGUCGGUUGGGCGAAGCCUUUGCUGUCCAGUGGCGGGAUCAAGCACCUGGUCGAUCCGUUUCUGGGGAACGAUUACGACUGCGAUGAGAUGGAGAGGAUGACGCUCGCGGCCUCGCUUUGCACGAGGACGUCGUGGCACUCUCGACCUGAGAUGUCACUGGUAAGAACAGUCCUGGGCUUGCAAUUCCAUGUAAAGAAAAAUGGACUCAUUGCGUUGCACAGCUCUGACCCCCCUUCCCUCAAAAUCCAGGUCCUGAAACUUCUCCAGGGGGACGACGAGACGAUGGGCUGGGCGAGGUCGGCCAGCUUCGACGGGUCAGACGAGGAGGCCAUCGCGGCGGGACCUGACCUGAACAUGCAGUCGCACCUGAGCCUCGCGCUCCUCGGGGUGGAUGCGGACGACACGCUGUCGCGCUGCAGCAGCACGGAGCGCACCUCGGCCGACGGCUACUGGAGCCGGUCGUCCAGUUUCGACUAGCGGUAGCUGCGUGAUGGAACUGAUGCGGCAGAGUAGAGUAGUGGUAGUGUGGUUACGUACAGCAGGCAGGCAGGCAGGCGAUUGGUAUGCUUGGUGAGAUGGAUGUUCAUAUCAGGAUUCAGGUGGUUGGAAUGUGGACAGCUGCUGAUUUAGUUUAGAUGGCAGUGUUGCUUUGCUGAUUUGGCUAGGAGUCGAGUUCUGUUGGUAGUAUAGAUCUGAAUCUGACCUUACGAUGCAAUUGGUUUCGUAUUUGUAUUGUUAUCUUUUUUUUUUCCUUUAUCAA